GCAAAGAUGAUUCAGGCAAUCCUGGUUUUCAAUAACCACGGGAAGCCGUGGCUUGUCAGCUUCUACCAGCGUUUCCCAGAAGAAAUUCAACAGCAGAUUAUUCGAAAGAUCUUCCAUCUAGCUCUCAAACGGGAUGACAACAUCUGUAAGUUCUUGGGGGGUGGAAGUUUGAUUGGUGGGUCUGACUACAAACUGAUUUAUUGGCAUGAUGCUACCCUCUACUUUGUAUUUUGUGGGGAUUCAUCAGAGAGUGAACUUGGGAUCUUGGACCUCAUCCAGGAUUUUGUGGAGACUCUGGACAAGUGUUUCGAAAAUGUUUGUGAAUUGGAUUUGAUCUUCCAUAUGGAUAAGGGGCACUACGUUCUUCAGGAGGUGGUGAUGGGUAGGAUGGUGCUGGAAAUAAACAUGAAUGAAAUCAUGGCUCACACUGAAGCUCAGAACAGGCUGGAGAAAUCCGAGGGUGGUCUUCCAGCAGCACCCACCCGGGCAGCGUCCACCAUGAAAAACAUCGGCCUGCCGGAGAUGCCUUGGAUUAUCAACAUUGGCGAUCUGAAGAUCAAGGUCCCCAACCUGUCGCAGUUUGUCUGA